UGUACAAAGGUGGCUGCAGCCUGGGAUAGGGGGGAUGUGUUUCAAGUGCUGGAAUUUAAACCUCAGACCUACUGGAUAUCACCUCUUAAUUGAGCUAAACCCCGGUUUUUUAUACUGAAUAAUUUUAGAACAGGCAUAUCAAUGCCCUUUUUAUAUUUCAGUAACAAUUUAAUUUCAUUGCUCUUACUAAUCUGAUGUAUGAUUUUCUUAGUUCCAAGAGGAUAUGCAACGUCAAAGUUGUUCAGGAAGCAGUUUAUAGAAGAUCCAGAUCAAAAUUUUCAACUAGAGUGGAGGCGCCCUUCGGAGAUGCAUUUGACACAGAAGCCUCUAGUCCAUCAGUCGUUCUUUGGCUACUCCAUGGAUGGUUUGAAGGUCUCAGAAGGUCUAGAACCUUUUUGUUUUAUGUACAUUCUUUAACCUGGGCUCCUCUUUCAUUCUUUCCCUUACAAUGCUUUCUUUUCCACCAUGCAGAUCAACUCAAUUUCCCCUCAACAGAAUUCAAUUAUCUGUUGGAAGCUCUCAAAACCAACACUGCAUCUGAUGAAAAAAUCAAGCAUGUAGAGACCAACAAAAAUGACCAGGAGAGUGAAGGACUUACUCUGCCAGAUAGCCCCUUUGCUUCUGCUACAGCUACCGGCACUUCUGCAGUCAUUUAGGCCCUGCAACACACAGAAUAGAGUUAGUUACAGUACCAGUUCAAUGGUGACAUCUCCAAAUUUAUACAUAAACAGGCCCGUUUUCCUUUUCCCUUUGUUAUUUUCAAGACUCCUGCAAGUACUUACUAUCCAAAGAAAUUCGGAUGGAUUGAUCUCCGGUCUGUUACUUGAUUUGUGGUGGCAAAACAAGAAGAUAUUAUACCUAAAAGUAUAUAAAUAUAACAAGGUUCUACACUUUUUUAAUGUUAAUCAUAGGAAGAAGGCUAUGGAUGUUUAGAAGAGGAUGUAAUAUAGGUCUUUUUAGGUGAACAGGAAAUAGAACAGCGUGCAAAGAAUUUCAACUAUGUUUAGAAUCUCUGUAACACUGAGCAAUAGAUUGA